CGCUCUCGCCCCGCGCUCGCCCCCGCCCGCGCUCCUCAAGCCCCCGCACCACCGAGCCGCGCGCCCCUCCUUCCCCGUCGCCACCGCCUCGCCGCUGCGUCGUCGCCGCCCAAGGAGCUCCCCCAGCAGGUGGUUCCGGGCCCGUGGCUACCGCCUCGCCGCCGCCCAGGGCGCUGCCCCCGUCGUGCGUCUGCCAGCAGUUGGUGGGUCGGCCGUCCACAUCACCCGCACCCUCCGUUCUCCCCUGAAACGAAAUCCCUGGUGCCUCAGCCACCGCAGUAGGCCAGCAGCCUGGGCGUGGUGGCCCUUCGCCGCGGCUCCAGGGGCGGCAUCAUCCCGGCUCUCCCACGCGGUGGCGGCCUGCGUCUCCUGCUGUGCCCCUGCCGCCCGCAUCCAGAGCCUUGAUGUUGCAUGGGUGCGCUUUGUUGGCCGUGACGAGACUUGUCUAUCUGAUAGGGUGAUUUGGUGCUGCAGGGAGCUAUUUAUGACAACUCACAAGUCACAAAUAGAGCCUCCAUGGUUACAUGGUGGUGUCCAUUUGUACAGAUGGAUCCUCCAAGAUAUUUGGAACAUCUGAACCACAUUUAUCACUAUAAUUAAGCUUUGCAGACUAUAUAAAUAGCAUCAUAGAUCAUGAAAGGUGUAUCUGCAAGAUGAUUACACCAUAGUUCUGAUUGCUUCUUCAGAUAAUGCGAACAAGAUAUAUGAAACGCCAGAAAUUGUGAACAAAUGUCAAUCAAAAUAGAUAUUUUCUUUAUAAGCUUAGUAUUAAGAUCUAUAGAUAGCACUGUUAUAGUCUGAUGCAUAUUUAUCAUGAUUUUUUCGACUUCAUAGAGGCCUUCUUCACCAGAAAUUGUUCUUUCUUUGCUUGCAGAGUGACCAUAUGAUAUUAUUGCUCUGGUGUUUGAAGAUAUUUUUUUUAACUUCAUUUUUUGCUUGGAUAUGAUGUCCAGCAAAUAAAUAAUAAUAUUGGAACAGUAGCUUUUUGUUUCAUCAAUGCAAAUCUACAGGAUCUUGGAUUACUUAUUGAUUGUGAAGUUAGCUUCAUUUUGCAUUGAAUUCUUGUUUUUCACCCGUGGCAACGCAUGGGCAUGCAACUAUCAUGAAAAAAAUAGAGGUAGAACUACAGGAGUCGAUGGGUUAUCAAUAUUUUAGUAGGUAAAGAUAUUUAGGUUCUCUGAUCCAAUCAUGAAAAAUAGCAUUAUCACUUCGAGAGGAAAUAUGUAUCACACUGUAAACAAAACUAUUUUUUUAUAUUGUUCGAGUUUGUUUCUAAAACUAAACUACAUGGCAGAUAACAAUUAUUCAGUUAGCCAAAAAGUAAAAAAUGACAUGGAGACACUACAAGAAUCAGUAACUUAACUUAGCAGUUAACUUCAUUGCUAUAAUUUGCAGAAUUCUUUUUUUACUCCCAGUCCAUUAUGUUGAUCAUAAUUUUUAUAGGUAUCAUAACAUGAGGGACAUGACUGGACAACCAGCUGGACUUGAUUUUGAUGAGAAUAGUGAUUGGUUGCAUACUAAUAACUCCUAUGUACGGGGAACUCCCCAACAUGAGGGUACUGCGUCGAAGCUGACAGUGCUUUCUCAAGAUCGUGCUGUCUAUGGAGAUUCCAUUGCUGUAUUGACCAAUGCAGAGUCACAAGAUGAUCCAGGUUGUGUUAUUUAUAACGCAGGGUCUGAGAGUGUACCCAGUUCACCGUCAGCAAACAAUAAUAAUAAGCAACGUAAGCGGGAAAGGGAAAGAGCAAGGUAUGCAGCAAUGUCGCAGGAAGAGAAGAAUGCAAAAAAUCUGAGGAGACGUGUAGUGCGUCAGAAAAAUAAAGAAUAUCAGAGUCCCAUGGAAAUAAACGAUUCUCAAGAUCGUGCUCCAUUUGGCGAUUUGACAAACUACACUAAUGAAGGGGCUGACAGUGAAUCCAAUUUACAGCCAGCAACCAAUAGUACUGUGCAACGUAAGAGGGAAAGGGAAAGAACAAGGUAUGCAGCAAUGUCGCAGGAAGAGAAGAAUGCGAAAAAUAUGAGGAGACGUGAAGCGCGUCAGAAAAAGAAAGGUGUUGCACGCAUUUCAUUUUUGCGGUGUUACAAAUAAUUACAUGUAAUCUGGAUGGAUCAAUAUUUCAGUGUUGUUACAAAUUAGUUGGACCUUUUAAUACUUCGAUAUGCUUCGUAACAUUAACUCAUGUAUAUCUACCUUGGUUUUGAGUUUGUGUGGUCCUCAUAAUAUCAGAAAAAGAAUAUGUUGCCAAUUAGA